AUGGGGAGGAAGCUGAAAGCCAAAAUCCACGUCAGGGACAACAUUGUGGACUUCCUGAAACGUACUGCAAAGUUCUUGGCCAGCAGUCAGGCAGCGGACGAGAAUCAAAUACGGUUUCGUUUGGAGAAAUUGGAGGCCAAAUGGGACGAGUUCGAGGAAGCACAAGCAGACAUCGAGGAAACGGACGACCACGAGGAAAACAUGGAGGCGCAUCGAGAGGUCAGGGAAAAUUUCGAGGAAAUGUAUUUCGAGGCCCUGAUCGAUUCUUCCCCUGAUCUAAGUGGUAUCCAAAAAUUUCACUAUUUGAGAGCGUCUCUAAGAGGUGAUGCGUUGAAACUGGUAGAUUCUUAUCCCAUGAGCGAGGCUAAUUACGAUGUUGCUUGGAAUGGUUUGGUCGCUCGGUUCUCCAACGGGUAUCUUCUGAAGAAACGCCAUCUGAACGCCAUGUUCGAGUUCCCGAAAAUUAGGAAGGAGUCGGCCAUAGGUAUCCAUGACGUCAUCGACUGUUUCGAGCGCAACACCAAAAUUCUGGACCAGUUAGGAGAGCGUACCAGCAGCUGGGGCGCAAUGCUGACUCAUCUGAUGGUGUCCAAGCUGGAUGACGUCACGCAAAAACGCUGGGAGGAGCAUGCAUCUGAUGAAGCUGAGCUGUCUUUCGCCGUCUUAUUGGAGUUCCUGAAAAAACAGACAAGGGUACUUGAUGCAGUCUUGGUGGAUCAAAAGGUUUCAACUGCACAAGGUCAACCUACGAUGGGCGGAAUCAGGUCUCGUCCUCCCAAAAUCUCGGUCAACUCGGCGACUGAGCGGAAGGUCCAAAAUUGCGUCUCUUGCGGUGAGCAACAUUCGAUCGUACAAUGUCCGUCUUUCAAUCAACUUCCGGUCGAUAAGCGUCUACAAUUGUCCAACUCGAAACGGCUUUGCAGCAACUGUCUAGGUCGGAAUCAUUUGGCUCGUGACUGUCCUUCCAAAUAUCGAUGCAGAACCUGUGGCAAGAAGCACCAUUCGUUGCUUCAUCCUGGAUUUCCUGGUUCCGGUUCUACGUCUACGUUUGAUUCGGAAGCUUCGACAGCACAAGGGGUGCAUAUCGCAGGAACAACGACGUCCGACGACGCUUCGGGCUCUGGUGGUACUGUUACUAGCUCGUUGGCAUCUAUCACAACCAACAUGGCGGUUGAGCAUCCUGGAAAACACGUCUUCUUGCUCACUGUGCUACUCAAAAUCAAGGACAACUGGGGCAGGACACAUCUGGCACGAGGCCUGUUGGAUUCUGGAUCACAAGCAAAUUUGAUGUCGGAAAGGCUUUGUCAGUUGCUCAAACUUCCACGGCGAGCGAAACGGGUGGAGAUUACUGGCAUCGGUCAAACUCGGAGGAAUACAGCGCACGAAGUGUCUGCGUCCAUCUCGUCACGAAUUCUGGACUUUUCUUUGUCGAUGGAUUUUUUGGUACUGGGGGAGGUCACAGCUGAUCAACCGUCUUCUUCUCUUCCAUUGGCAAAAUGGGUACUGCCAACCGGCAUGCAACUCGCGGAUCCAGAAUUCCACGUUUCCGGACCUAUAGAUCUGGUACUUGGUUCGCAAUUUUACUGCGAUUUUCAUCUGCUCGAUGGUGGCCGGGUUCAAGUUCGUAGGCUCGAUAGUACGCUUCCGAUCUUCGUCAAUACCGUUUUUGGUUGGGUAGCUGCUGGUGAAUCUGAACGAUCUAGCACUAGGGUUUCUUGUCAUCUGGCGACUGCGGAACCACUGGAUAAGGCAAUCGAGAAAUUUUGGACCAUUGAGGAGAUGACGGACAAACCACUACGUUCCCAGGAAGAAGAAGAUUGCGAGCAACAUUUCCAAGCCACAAUUACGCGAGACUGUACUGGCCGUUACGUUGCACGUUAUCCGAAGAAGAUUGGAUUCCACGAGAAAAUAGGCGAUUCAAUCAGCACUGCCUUGCGUCGAUUUAGUCAAUUAAAAAGGCGUUUGAAUCGAGAUGCAAAUCUACACCGACAGUACAGCGAUUUCCUACAAGAGUACCUGGAUAUGGACCACAUGCGCCUGGUUGGCACGGUGAAAGAUGUAAAGGACGAAGGACGAACAGUUUUCUACCUCCCCCACCACCCCGUUUUCAAGGAGUCGAGUUCAACAACAAAAGUCCGGGUGGUUUUCGAUGGCUCUGCGAAGACGACAACUGGCUGCUCUCUAAACGAUGCUCUGCUCACUGGUCCGGUCAUUCAAGAUGAUUUGAUUGACCUCAUGAUUCGUUUUCGCAAGCACUCAAUAGCUCUGGUAGCGGACGUAGCCAAAAUGUAUCGGCAGGUGCGGAUUCAUCCAGACGAUACGCCUCUACAGCGCAUUCUGUGGCGGUUCAAUCAAGACGAGCCAAUUCAAAUUUUCGAGCUGCAGACUGUCACGUAUGGUUUGUCACCAUCAUCGUUUAUCGCCACACGUGCCCUCAAACAACUUGCGAAUGACGUUGGUAGCAAAUACGAGCACGCAGCCACGGCAGUAACGGAGGACUUCUACAUGGACGAUUUUCUCUCGGGAGAGGAUUCGGUGGCAAAGGCGAAAAUACUGAGAGACGAAGUCCAAUCUCUUAUGGCCGAAGGAGGAUUUGAACUACGCAAGUGGAGCUCGAACUCGCCCGAGGCAUUAUGCGACCUACCCCCGGAUGCUCUUGAAGGACAACCGACGAUUAGCAAGAAAGCAAUGAUCUUCGUGACAAUCUAUGUUGAUGACCUGUUGAUCUUCACCAACAACCCGGACUUGAAGAAGAAGCUGAAGGAGGUCCUGAACAGUCGUUUUCAAAUGAAGGACUUUGGAGCGGCGAAGUUAUGCUUGGGACUGCGAGUCACUCGGGACCGGAAAGGAGGCACACUACAUCUCGACCAGCAGUUCUGA